GUUUUCCGGGGUUAUUUAUUUUUAUACGAGAACCCGCAGGACACAGCUGGAGAGCUGUUGGGGAAAAAAGCCUUUGUGUGUGCGAGUGCAUGUGCAAGGGAGGUAAACUGGCUCCGCCGCUCCCCUGCGCUGGCAAUUUGCCAUUCUUACAGCUCUCGUUUCCUUCCCCUUCCUGUCGCUAUACGCUUUUCGUUUCAGGGGUGCUUUGUUUCUGCGAGACCAGUGCCUUGCCCCUUCUCGUAUGUCACCCCGUCUGUGUUCCGGGAUGCUGCUGCGUGCACCGAGUCUGGCUCGCUUCGAGGAAAACGAACGAGUGUGAGUUUGACUCACUUCUGCUCGAAAAGUCAAAUGCGUGUUUUUCUCCACUGGUAGGACAAAUGUACUUAUUUUGGCCAUCAACAGACGCCUGAGCCCACACUGCUGCACAUCCGCCCCUGUUAGACAGGUCGGCAUUGCUUUGCUCGUGUGUGCGCGGCAUCUGCGUGAGACACAACUAUCCAGUGUGCACAUGCUUGUUAGUAACUAUGCGAAAGAGCCACAAAAUCCGCUGAUCAUACAUCUAUGCAUGCUUGAUCAUGCGUGAUUCAGUGUCAGCAAGUGCGAGAAACUGCCGGUUUGCCGGCAAGAGUCGCUUUUUCUAGCUGCAUCACCAAGAGACCAACUAGAGGAAGUACAUCGUGUUCGUCGUCCCGACAUCUCCAUUUCCUGUGUGUCUGCGUGCUUUGCUUUUCUCUCAACCUUCCGUUUUUCGUUUCUGUUCGCGAAAUGUCGAUCGAACAGUGCAAUUCUCUGUUGUCCCUCACUGCGUUUGCCAAUGCCAUAAGACAGUUACGUCCUGUCACACAAAUCGCCAUCAUUCCCCCUGUCUCUUCCACGUUUCUGCACAAGCACCUCACGUGGUCGGCGGUGCUCAUUUGAAUCCUUCGUUUCUGUGUUCUCCACGUUCCGUCGCUUCCCCCCCUUCCCGUACAAGCACUGCUUCGGUUGUUUUCGGCAAGUUCCUUCGCGUCUGGUUUCGGUACUCAAAACGAAUCAGGAGCGGCUGAGAAUGAGGGUUAUGACGCCUCCGUCGGCGCCUCACCCGCGCGCAUCGCCGUGGUGGGCGAGUUGCCUCUGGGCGGCCCUCCAGAUCAUUCUUUUUUUGGUCGGCAUAUGCUGGGUGGCAGUGAAUGUCGGGUUUCUCUCUGAUUAUUACUUCAAAGGUUCAGAUUUCUCGUCACCAUCGCUCAACAACAACAGCGAUGCUUCUCGCCAACCGCCGCGCGCCGCCAGAGAUGUGCAGGAAGGCGUGUCGUCGUUUGAAGAAUCCGGAGGGGCGCAGCUCCCGCCGCGUGUGCACGCACUUGAGGUUCUUGAGGGAGCUGGCCCCGGCCGACUUCACGGGAGGCUCGGAAUCAAACCUGAUGGCCAGCCGGGCUACACACGGGCACCCUCGCCUCCUACAGAUCUGAGCAUGCCCCAAGCACUGGCUCGCGGGGGAGGCUUCAAUCUGUAUCUGUCUGACCAUCUGGAGCUGGACCGCACGGCGCCUGACGCGCGGCACGCGUCCUGUCGGCAGCUACACUACGACCUCUCGACGCUGCCGAAGGCAUCAGUGAUUAUCGUGUUUUACAACGAGCCAUUUUCGACGUUGAUGCGGUCCGUCCACAGCGUUCUGAACGGGACUCCUCCGCAGAUUCUGGAGGAGCUGAUUCUCGUCGACGAUGGCAGCACGUUGCCGUACAUCCGGGAAGACGGCAACCAACAGUUGGUGGAGUACCUUAAGCUGCUUCCGGCGAAGGUGCGGCUCAUCCGCAACGAGGUGCGCAAAGGGAUUGUCGGUGCACGGAUGAAGGGGAUUCGCGCGAGUCGCGCGCCGAUCUUCGCUAUCCUCGACAGCCACAUCGAGGUGAGUCCUCAGUGGCUGGAGCCGCUGCUGCUGCGGAUCAAGGAAGACGGCCGGCGCGUGGUGAUGCCGCAGAUCGAUGGAAUCGACGCGGAAACCUUCAAGCACAUCGCCGGCGGGAUAGGCUGCAAGCUGGGGUUUCUCUGGAAGCUGAUGGAGCACUCGUACGAGGGCCACCAGACCGCGCGACUGCCGCCGGAGGAACGCCAACCGUCUCCGACCGACUUUCAGACGUCGCCGGCGAUGGCCGGGGGUCUUUUUGCAGCGAACAAGGCGUUCUUCUUUGACGUCGGAGCCUACGAUGAAGACUUCCAGUUCUGGGGAACAGAAAACUUAGAACUGAGUUUCCGCCUCUGGCAGUGCGGCGGCGUCCUGGAGUGCGCUCCUUGCUCUCGCGUCUACCACAUCUUUCGAAAAGGCGGCUCCGGCUACAGCAGUCCAGGCGACUCCAUCACCAUCAACAAGAUGCGGACGAUGCUGUGGAUGGACGAGUAUGCCGACCUCGCCUGGCGAGUCAUUGGGAAACCCAGAGUCAACUACCGGCCCGAGAGCCUUGAAAAACGCAGAGAGUGGAGAAAGAGGAAGGGAUGUAAAAGCUUCCGCUGGUUCAUGGAAAACGUCUUUCCCGAGGGAGAUGUCGUCACUCUCGACGACGUCCCGUACCUUGGCCCUUUGAGAAAUGACAAGAUAGGCAUGUGUUUGGACAACAUGGGCUGGGCCUCUCCCGGACAUGCUGUUGGCCUCGAGUAUUGCCACGGGGGCGACACUCAGACAUUUAUGUUUUUUAGGAAGGUAGGACACGUAAUGCCAGUUAAUGAUGACGAGGCUUGCUUGCAGCCGUCAGGAAGACUGGACUGGUGUCGAGGAACGGCCCAAUUCUGGUGGGACUUCACAUCGAGUGGCCAACUGAUGUUUCGCGAAACAAAGCAGUGCCUCUCAGCCUUUGGCAGAAAACUCAGGAUGGUCGAGUGCGAUGACACUGAUCCUUACCAGAUCUGGUCGUGGACGGCCUACAAUCCACCCGAUACAUUCACGUUUCCGUCGGUUAGCAGAUCAAUCCGAAGUGGCUAAGAAAGUAAAGGAAAAGACGAUUCAGGAACUGCUUCUCAGUCGCCGACGGUACUGGGAAGGCUGCUGCGGCUGCUGUAAAACUGGUUGUUGCAGCUGUUGCAGCUGGAUCCGAGGAUGUUGGAGAUCAUAAAUGCUCCGUUUAAGUAAUGGGUGGUUGGCCCAAGUGCCACAGAGAAAAAUGCGAUUUGUAGAACCGUAACGAAGCGACUGGUUCACCUAAUUCCUGCGUGGCAAGUGACUCCCGUGCGGGUGUCUCAACGGGAGAAUGGUCUCAGAUUUCAAUGUUGUGCUUUAUAUCAUCUCGAUUCACUGAGCGUCAGCUCUUCAAUACAUUAAGGCGGCCGACAGUUGUGCCCCAGACCCAUGUAUAGGCACUCGCGCAAAGGGUCCCGUGGUCAUUCCUUCAGGAAAGCUUGUUGUGCUCCCCAUAACUUGUCUUUUCAAGCUAUUCGAUUCUCUAGAUUCCGUGUACGAACCCCUGAACCGGGUCAACUCAUCCGCUUGAUUCGCAUCGUCUACACAGAACCCAAUGAACUACACCAAUGCACGCAGUC